AUGAGACGAUUAAAAAUUGGGAUUCGACCGCAGCUUAUAGUAUUAGUUUGUUUUGCUUCAUUAUUUUCAUUAUUAAUUUUAGGAAUUGUUACAGGAUUAUAUUUUAGUGAUAAUUUAACUGAUUUAAGAUCAGAAAGAUUAUUUGUUAUAUCACAAUUAAAAACAACUCAAGUCCAACAAGCUGUUGCAUUUGUUGCUUAUCAAGUAAUGACAUUAGCAUCUAUUGAUGCAUUAACAACUCCAUUAUCACAAUAUAGAGCAGGAAAUAAUUCAAGAGAUGUAUUUGCAAAUGCUCAAGAAACUUUAGAGCAAUUUAUGCAAUCUACUGAAACUUUUGCUUUUGCAAGAUUAUAUAAUUUAGAUUUACAAGUUAUGGCAAGUUCAAUAAACAAUGCAACUAUAGUAUCACCAACAACAAGAGAUGCUUUAUUUCCUUUACAUCAAAAUCAAACAAUUCCAAAUCAAAUUUUAAAUGAUCAAACUGCUUAUUAUUUUACUGGACCAUUAACAAAUGAUUCGAAAGAUAUUAAUAGUCCAUACUUUAUGGGAGUUACUUUACCUGUUUAUGCAAAUACUUCAAUAAUAAUAGAUACUCCAUAUAUAGCAGGAUAUUUAUCAAUUAUAGCCAGUGCUGCAACUGUACAUGAUGCUUUAAACGCAACAAGUGAAGAUUAUUCAGUAAUUGCAGUGAAACCAAUCUAUGGUAGUUUAACUAAUGGUAUUGAUAAUUUAAAUGAUGAUGGUGCAAGAUCUGGCUCAGCCAUUGGAUUUCAAACUGUUUUUCCAGUUGAAAAUUCAUUAUUGGAACCUGGAGAAAUUUAUAAUAUUAACUCAUCAACAUCUAUAAGAACUGCUAUUAAUUCACCAUAUGGAGUUUCAACAGAUGUAAAGUCAUAUUCAGGCCAAAGUGUAGCCAUUGGGUUUACUCAGAUUAUAUUAAAUAAUUUAUUAUGGGUUAUAAUUGUUGUCCAACAAAAAUCAGUAUUUAAUGCACCAGUUGAACGUUUGAAACGUAUUAUUAUUGGUGUCGUUAUUGGAAUUGGGGCUUUUAUGGUUUUAAUUACUUUACCAUUUGCAGUUUGGUUUAUACGACCAAUUACAAAAUUAAAAGAAUCAGCAGAAGACAUAACAAGAUAUAAAAAGGAAAAAAGUGAAAUUAUUGAAAAACCAGAUAAUACAAGAGGUAGUGUUACAUCAACAACAUCUGGAGCAUCACAAUAUUCAGCAGGUAUACGACUACCUAAGAGAAUUAAACCAUCCAAAAAGUUUUUUAAAGAUGAAUUAACAGAAUUAUCUGAAGCUUUUAAUAUUAUGACUGAUGAAUUAGAUAAACAAUAUACACAUUUAGAAGAUAGAGUUAAACUAAGAACCAAAGAAUUAGAAGCUUCUAAAAUAGAGGCAGAAACAGCAAAUGAAGCUAAAACUGUAUUUAUAGCAAAUAUAUCACAUGAAUUACGUACACCAUUAAAUGGUAUAUUAGGUAUGACUUCAAUUGCAAUGGAAGAAAAUGAUGCAGAAAAAAUCCAAGAUUCAUUAAAAUUAAUACAUAGAUCAGGAGAAUUGCUACUACAUAUUUUAACAGAAUUACUUACUUACUCCAAAAAUACAUUAAACAGAUCAAAACUAGAAAAAUCAAAUUUUCAAAUAUUGGAAAUUGUAUAUCAAAUAAAUUCAAUUUUUAAUAAGUUAGCCCUCGAUCAAAGGGUGAACUUUAAAUUACUGGUGAAACCAAAUAUCUUCAGAAAGUUAAUACUAUAUGGAGACUCAAAUAGAAUUAUUCAAAUAAUUAUGAAUUUAGUUUCAAAUUCUUUAAAAUUUACACCUGUUGAUGGAUCAGUUGAUGUUGUUUUUAAAUUGCUAGGAGAAUAUGAUUUUGAAAAAUCACAAGCAAACAAUUUUGAAAAAGUGUAUUUGAUGGAAUCACGUCCUAGUCCAGCACAACAUAACACAGAUGCUACUUUGGUUGUUGAUCCGUUAAUAACUGAAGAUGAUACGCAAGAAACUACACCAACCACAGACAAAUCUCCAAUAAAUGAAAAAGCAACACCAGACGAUUGUAUAAGUGAUUCAUCCGAUGCUUUAAGUAUCACCACUUUAUCUACAACUCAAUACGAAAAGGCUUUAUUUGAUCAACAAUUCCAAAACAAGUCACUACCACCAUCACCAAGAGCUUCAUUAGAUAAUUCUUCAGGGACUAAAAAUUCAUCAGAUGAACACGAAAUCGAUGAGGAAGUUAAUCAAAAAAUUGCAGUAAGUUUAAAUCCAACCAGCGAUGAAAAAGAUCUCUAUGUUAUGCCUGAAGCAAAAGAUUUUAAGUCAUAUCCAACAUUACAUAAAAAGGAAAAAUUUGAAGGUGAUAAAUCUUUUAAAAUUCGUAAUAUAUAUAAAUCCAAAACAUGGGUUGUUCAAUUUGAAGUUAAAGAUACAGGUUCGGGUAUUGAACCAGCAUUACAAGAAAAAGUUUUUGAACCAUUUGUACAAGGUGAUCAAACAUUAAGUAGAUCAUAUGGUGGUACAGGUUUAGGAUUAAGUAUAUGUAGACAACUAGCAAGAAUGAUGCAUGGUACUUUAUCAUUGAAAUCAACAAUUGGACAAGGAUCAAUUUUUACAUUAACUUUACCAUUACCACAAACUGGGGAAAUUAUGAUAUCACCAGAGGAUUUAAAAGAAUUUUGUAAUGAUGAAUUUAAUCCAAAUUCCAAAAUCAAUAGAAAAGUUGCAUUUGAAGAUGAUCCGAAAGAUGUUGAUGAUAUGGUGAACGAUGAGGGAACUCCAAUACAAACUCCAACAGGUAUAAAACCAAGUCCAUCAAAACCAAUGUUAUUUGCAAAAGGUUCAACAGGAACUGCUCAAUCAACCACAACAACAACAACAACAACAACAACAACAACAACAACCAAUAAAGAAAGUCUCAGUAAUAGUAGUGGAAGUGGAAGUACAAAUUCAAAUUCAAAUAGUCAUAAUUCCUUAUCAAAAUUACCAAAUUUACAAACAAACAUCCCCGCAAUCACCACCUCCAAUACAAACAGUGGUACAACAACUCCAAAUGAAUUAUCUGGUUCAUCACCAUCAACUCCACAUAUCUUAACAUCAAUGUCAAAUUUAAAAAUUUUAGUAGCGGAAGAUAAUCAAGUAAAUCAAGAAGUUAUUAAAAGAAUGUUAAAAUUAGAAGGUUUCAUCAAUUUAACAAUGGUUGCAAAUGGAGCAGAAGCUGUUGAAAUAGUCAAAAAUUCAAUGGAAACGAAUGAACAAUUUGAUUUAAUUUUUAUGGAUGUUCAAAUGCCAAUAAUGGAUGGUAUAACCGCAGUUAAUAUUAUUAGAAAUAAUUUACAAUUUUCAAAAUUAAUUAUUGCAUUAACUGCAUUUGCUGAUGAUUCAAAUAUAAAAGAAUGUUAUAAUGCAGGUAUGAAUGGUUUUUUAGCUAAACCUAUUAAAAGAGCAAAUUUAAGAAAUAUAAUUGGUAAAAAUGCUCAUAUUUUAUUAAAAGAAUGUGUUACAACUCCUCAUUCAAACCAUUCACAAAAAAGUUCUUACUUCAGUUGA